AUAGACACUCAUUACACUCACCCCUUCCUAGGUAGAUAGCUUCUAUCACAAAUGGCCUCCAAUUUCUUGCCAUUGAUCAUCUUGCUUUCUUCACUCACCAUUGUUUUUUCAUCACCCAAUCAAACACCAGAUUCAGUAAUUGAUGAAGUUCACCAAAGUAUCAAUAAUGCUUCUAGGAGAAACUUGGGUUACCUCUCUUGCAGCACUGGCAACCCGAUUGACGAUUGCUGGAGGUGUGACUCAAAUUGGGCCACAAAUCGCCAAAGGCUAGCUGACUGCGCUAUUGGGUUUGGAAAGAACGCUUUAGGAGGGCGAAAUGGCAAGAUAUAUGUUGUCACUGACCCCGGAAACGAUAACCCUGUGAACCCGGUUCCAGGGACCCUAAGACAUGCUGUUAUUCAAGAUGAACCGUUAUGGAUCAUCUUUAAACGCGACAUGGUGAUACAAUUGCGCCAAGAGCUCGUUAUGAAUUCGUUCAAGACUAUCGAUGGAAGGGGUGUGAAUGUGCAUAUUGGAAAUGGGCCAUGUAUUACUAUACAUUAUGCUACUAAUAUAAUCAUACAUGGGAUUCAUAUACAUGAUUGUAAGCAGGCUGGGAAUGGUAACAUUAGAAACUCACCACAUCAUUCGGGUUGGUGGACACAAUCUGAUGGAGAUGGGAUUGCGAUUUUCGCAAGUAAACAUAUCUGGAUUGAUCAUUGUUCAUUGUCUAGUUGUCAUGAUGGACUUAUUGAUGCUAUACAUGGAUCUACAGCCAUCACUAUAUCUAACAAUUACAUGACUCAUCAUGAUAAAGUUAUGUUAUUGGGACAUAGUGAUAGCUAUACACAAGAUAAAGCAAUGCAAGUCACCAUUGCUUUCAACCAUUUUGGUGAAGGGCUUGUUCAAAGAAUGCCAAGAUGUAGACAUGGAUAUUUCCAUGUGGUGAACAACGACUAUACACAUUGGGAAAUGUAUGCAAUUGGUGGUAGUGCAUCUCCUACCAUCUAUAGCCAAGGCAAUAGAUUUUUGGCACCAAAUACAAGAUUUGACAAGGAGGUAACCAAGCACGAGAAUGCAGGGGAAAGUGAAUGGAGGAAUUGGAAUUGGAGAUCAGAAGGGGAUUUGAUGUUAAACGGGGCGUAUUUCACUGAGUCUGGUGGAGGUGCUUCUUCAUCAUUUGCAAGAGCUUCAAGUUUAAGUGGUAGACCAUCAACACUCGUGGGAGCAAUGACUCGGACUGCGGGGGCUCUAGUUUGUAGAAAAGGGUCUCAUUGCUGAUCAUGGAUUAUAGUCCUCCUAUAUAUAUAAUUAUAAAUUACAUAUAUCAUAUCAAGCUGCACUGCAAUAUGAGUUACUCUGUUCUGUUUUAUCUUUUGGUACUUGUUUUGACUAAAAAAGUCAACCUUUGUGCUUGGUUGCAUAUGAAUUAAGAUGAGUUUGUCAUAUGGACCGACAACUCGAGUGCAAAAGAGUUGACCAAAUUAUAUCUAUGUUUUACUUCUUCAAUUUCCACCAAUCUCUGCCUAGUUUAUGGCUAAA